AUGAAAGAGAAAGGGAAUGGACUACCUCCACCACUUACCUUGGCAUUGCCGCCACCGCCACCUCCACCGCCGCCGCAGCCGGCGGUGGUGGAGGUGGCUGGAAUUCGGAUGGGAAGGAAUUCGCCGGCGGUGGUGGAGGUGGCGGCAAUGGCAGGUGGAGGGCUUCCAUCAUGGUUGAUUGCAUUGUCUCAACUUGAGCACUUGCUUCUGGGUAACAACAAUUUUACUGACUCCAUACCACCAACAAUCUUCAACAUUUCCUCACAGCAAAUUAUAGAUUUCUCACUGAAUGGCAUAUCCGGCAAUCUUCGUGUGGAUGUGUGCAACCAUCUUCCAAAACUCGAAGAGCUUCAAUUACAGCAUAACGAGUUAAAUGGCCUAAUUCCAUCUGGUGAAAUACCAGAAGAGAUUGGCAACCUUAGGUUAGAGGAAUUAGUGUUACAAUACAAUUACUCAACAGGCCCAAUUCCAGCAGCAAUCUUCAACAUCUCAACACUAUGGAAACGGCUAGACCUUGUGGGUAAUCACCUUUCCGGCAAUCUUCCGUCAGAUAUUGGCCAUUCACUACCCAAUCUUGGCGGACUUUUUUUAGCAGAAAAUAACCUCACCGGAGUCGUCCCUCAUUCUAUUUCAAAUGCUUCCAAUCUCACUAUCUUAGAGCUUUCUUUUAACACAUUCACAGGUUCAAUUCCCCACUCCCUUGGUGACAUAAGAUCCUUCGAAAUUCUAAACCUUGCAGAAAACAAUUUCGUCAGUGAAUCUUCUUCAUCUUCAGAACUGAGCUUCCUGACUUCUUUGACAAACUGCAGAAAUUUAAGACACUUAGGGUUAGGUGGUAAUCCUUUAAAUGGCAAACUUCCAAUUUCCACUGGGAAUUUCUCUACUUCUCUUCAAGAUUUUGAGGUAAGCAAUGGUGGAAUUAAGGGCUAUAUUCUGACAGGGAUAGGUAAUUUAAGCAGCUUGAUAUCCUUGCACCUAAAUGACAAUGAAUUGACUGGACUAAUACCGACAAUGAUCAAAGAAUUAGGGAAGCUCCAACGGUUUUAUCUUUACAACAACAGAAUACAGGGAACCAUUCCAUUGGACCUCUGCCAUUUACUCAACCUGGGUGAAUUGGUUUUGAGUGGAAAUAGAUUGUUUGGUCCGGUCCCGGCAUGCUUAGGGAAUUGGAAAUCUACCCCCAGACUUGCAAGUUUAAAUGUUGCUACCCAAAUUGAUCUAUCAAUGAAUCAAUUCACAGGCAACAUCCCUAGCACAAUUGGUGGCUUGCAAGAUUUAACUUCUCUUUCUUUAGAAAAUAAUAGGCUACAAGGACCUAUUCCCGACGUAUUUCAAAGCAUGGUAGGCUUGGAAUUCUUGGAUCUAUCUCAUAAUAACCUUUCUGGUGUGAUUCCCCGAUCGUUAGAGACACUCUGGCAACUUAAAUAUUUUAAUGUAUCUUUCAAUAGACUAAGUGGAGAAAUUCCCACUGGAGGACCUUUUGCAAAUUUCACGAAUCAAUCAUUUAUGUCGAAUGAAGCAUUGUGCGAUGCCUCUCAAUUCCAAGUCUUGCCAUGUGAUACUAGUUCACUUCACAGAUCAAGGACAAAAAGAGUGCUUCUAGUCAUGCAUAUCAUGUUGCCAAUUGUUUCUAUACUUCUUGUCUUGACGGUCGCUUUUGUAUGUUUGAGAUGUCGAAAGAAAAAUAAAACUCCAAUUCAAACUGGUUCAAUCCUUGCAAUUGCAAGAGAGAGAAUUGCAUACCAUGAACUUCUACAAGCAACUGAUGGGUUUAGAGAUAGCAACUUGCUUGGCAAGGGGAGUUUCGGUUCAGUUUAUAGAGGUAUACUAAUUAAUGGGACUAUUUUGGCUGUAAAGGUAUUCAAUCUGCAGCUAGAAGGUGCUUUAAAGAGUUUCGACACAGAAUGUGAAAUAUUACACAACAUCAGACGCAGAAAUCUCACCAAAGUCAUUAGUAGUUGUUCUAACCUUGAUUUCAAAGCCUUGAUACUCCAAUACAUGCCUAACGGAAGCCUUGAAAAGUGGUUGUAUUCUCACAACUACUGCUUGGAUAUCUCGCAGAGGUUAGAUGUAACGAUAGAUGCGGCAUGUGCAAUCGACUAUCUCCAUAAUGGUUAUUCAACAUCUAUUGUUCAUUGUGAUUUGAAGCCAAGGAAUGUUCUUCUAGAUGAAGAUAUGGUUGCACAUGUGAGUGACUUCGGAAUUGGAAAGUUCUUAGGUGAUGGGAAGAGCACUGCACUAACCAAGACUAUAGCUACGUUUGGGUAUAUUACACCAGAGUAUGGAAUGGAAGGAUUAGUAUCCACAAGUUGUGAUGUUUACAGUUACGGUAUUAUGUUAAUGGAAAUAUUUACAAGAAGGAAACCCACUAAUGACUUAUUUUCUGGAGAUCUGAGCCUCAAGGGUUGGGUGAAGGAGUCAUUACCCAAUGCAGUAAUUCAGGUUAUAGAUUCCAACUUGCUAAGGCCAGAGGAAGAAGAUUUCGCUACAAAUAUGGAGUGUGUGUCAUCCAUCAUGGAAUUAGCUCUAAAUUGCUCUGCAGAAUCACCUCGGUUAAGGAUUAACAUAGGCGAUGUUCUAGUAGCACUCAAGAAGGUCAGACUUCAGUUCCGAGCUAAUCGUGUGCGGAGUUCUCACAAAUUGUGA